UGCAUAAGAUGUCGAAUGCAAUUGACUAAAUUCGAUAAUUACCGAAAACGUUGCCAUGAAGUGCAAGAUAUUCUGAAAUCCAUGGUAAAAUGUGAUGAUGUCGAUGAUGUGACACAUUCCAAACAAGCAAAACCGUCGAAAAGUGUCACUACAGCAAGACAGAGUCAAUUCCAGUGCGACAUAUGCAAUAUAAUAUUCACAACAAAGCGACAAUUAUCCACUCACCAACGGGUACAUGGGCCGAAAAAAUCAGAUCAUGGUGACGAGAUUAAGACAAACAAUUCGAUGGAACCUAGACGUGAGGAUGAGGUUUCAGAAAUGCUUCAAGAAGUUGAAAAUGGACCUUACGACGAUACGGCUUCUCGAAAUGGGACACAUGGAAUUGAGACCAAUAGAAUUUCAAGUUUAUCAAUGACGAUUGAAUUUGCAACGCCGAGUAUAGUUAAGCAAGAACAAAGUCCAGAGCCAUCACCAGAUGUUAAAGAAACUGAUAUGGAAACUUCCAAACAAUCUGCAGAAGAUGAACAUCUAGUCGAUGAUAUGAUAACUAUUUAUGAAGUGAAAGUGGAAUCUGAUGAAGAUAAUAUUGGUGUUACAGAAUCAGGAAACAGUAAAGAUCAGGAAUCUAGUGUACCUGGAAAAGCUUGCACAAGCGGAAACACCAAUGAUGCAGGCAUCUACGAACUUGUAAAAUCGGAAAACGAAAUAUACACAAUUCAAUCUGUACAAGAUCAUCAGUGUGAAGUGUGUCUAGUUUUUCCGGACAGUAUGGAACACUCACGACAUAAAAGAUUGCACAAACCAAAAAAACAUGUGUGCAAAACUUGCGGAAUGUCUUUUGCAAUACGGUACAACUUACAGAGACACUUGCAAACGCACGUGCCGCUGAGCGAACGCCCCAAAGAACCCGUUGGCAUGUUCGAAUGCAAAUUGUGCUCAAAAACGUUUAAAUUCAAGCACCGAUUAAGGCAGCACCUCAGCCAAGUUCACAGACCGAAGACACUUGCGUGCCACAUAUGUGAUCUGAAGUUUUCACUACGGAGCGUUAUGUUGAGGCAUUUACGAUUGCAUACAGCUCAUGGUGAUACCAAAGAAGACUUUGCCCGAAGACAACGAAAGCAACAAAAAGGCACAUCCGGCAAUGAAGACGUCGAGGGAGAGUUCAGCAAAAAUCUAGUAGAAGUGUGCUGCGACCAGCGGAGUUUUUGGUGUCACUACGCUUUAACACAUCAGAAAUAUUUCAAGUGUUCAAUGUGUGACGCAGCAUUUGGAUCAAGGUAAGAUCGGUACACCAAAAUCGCAAAAAAAAAAAUUGCCAAAAAUUCAACGAACGAGAUCGUUGAAAAUUUGAUCAAUAUUUCGAUAAACUUUACCGAGCCAUCGGUAAAUUACCAUAAUAGCUUGCGGUAAACAAUACUAAGCUGACACCUUCUUGCAAGUUCAACAAAACAGUUUAAGUGUAGAAGAAACACCUCGUGCCUAAAUUAUCAAGAAUUCCUUUUCGGUUUUUAGCAAAUACCUUAAACGGCAUAUGAUGAUACUCCACCAGUCGAACGAUGGAAAUUUUCAACCCCUGAAAUGCCUGACGUGUGAACGGAGCUUCUCGAACGUUACUCAGUUUAGAUCACAUCAGCGAAUCCACGUGCUGGAGCAAUACAGUUGUAAGAUUUGCAACCGACGAUUCAAUGCUUAGUAAGAACACAUAUUUUCUAUUUCAAAUCAUUCCAUUGAAGUGAUUCUUUUGUUUUCAGUUACCAUUUGCAGCGACAUAUGCAUAUGACUCAUUUAAUGACAGCGUGAUCGUAGCGGAAGAUGCAAAACCUGCUUUUUGGGUUACGUGUUUAUAGGCUUAAGGUUGCGGCCUGAGUAUAGACGCCACUACAGAGAAAUGCAUCAAUGACACUCUUGAUCAAAAUGUUCUUCAUAUUUAUGCCGAAAUGUUCAUAAUUUUUAGCAUCACUGAUGUCCAUUUGUUCUAAGAACACAGGUUUCAUUAAUUGGAAAUCUGUCAUGCGGAACUUGUAGCACCCGGUUUGAUAGCACUAAAGACAGCAUCUGGUAAGUUCAUUUUAUUAUCGUGAAAACUGUUCUCGAAAUGAAAUAACGAAAAACGACAUUUUACAAGCCUGAUAAUAAUUAACUUUACUGCAGAAUUAUUAUUCCAUUUUGCAUCUUCAAAGAUUCCUUACCAAAUAAUAAUGAAAUGAAAUUUUAACAGUACUCCUGAAUAAUACCAAAUAUCUGUUGAAUGUUGGACAAGUCUAAUGUUAUGUGUACGAUGUUUAUAAUCCCUUAAGCCCUGUGAAUAUGUUGUUGUCUAUUGUAUAUUGAAUGUAAAGAGCCGGCCAGACGCGGACCAGACGAUCGAGUUUGUGAAACAGCGGCUGAUGGACGAGUUCCACCGACGGAUCGAGAAACGUGCAGGAAUGUUCCGUGAAUGUGAUGACCUGACAUUGAGUGUGCACAGAAGAAGAGGAAGCGCGCGUGCGAGGGAACGAUUUUGUUACCAAUGCCGAAAACCGGGUCACAUCCGGGUAAAUUGCCCUGUGCUGCAGAAGAUGAACGAGCCGGAAGCGAAAACGGUAGCUUCGAGGGACCCCCAAAUUUGUUUCGGCGUGUGAGGCGAUCGACAGCAGUGGAACUGGUACGUGUAUAGUGACGGAUGGUUCCGCCGUAAAAUCUGCCGGAGUAGGCGAAGGCACGCUGAACUGUAUCGAUGGUAACGGUGAAGUGAAUGAGGUAGUCAUGAGGGAAGUGCUGGACGCUCCGGGACUGGACAGUGGACUGAUUUCGGUCCGGAAACUUGCUCAGAAAGGACUGAGUGUGAACUUUGACAAAGCUAAGUGCGAAAUAAUUAGCCUCGGAAGAAGAGUGGAAGCCGUUGCUGAUCUCCGUGGAGGACUGUAUGCCUUGAGAGUUGCAGAAGAAAAGGAGCGGAAUUGGCGUACGGGCGUGCAAAUGCAAAGUAAAGCUAGCAAUCGGCGUUCGCUUGAAGAGGAGGCGCCUAAAGGAAGAAACCGAUUUUUAUGACUGUGUGGACGAAUAUUGAGGAAAAACCCGAUGCUGUGUGCCGGAUGAGUCGUGAAUGACGAAGACCAAGCGGUGAAGAAGACGAAGCACGGGUCGACGACGCAGGGAGAGUACCGAAGACUGAGUGUCCAGCUAUGUAGAACUUUUGUUUGACUUUGUGAGGUAAUACUUUGUGGACUUAGUGAUAUCUGUUAGUGAUGAUAAACCUCGAAGAGCAGUGUUGAAUGUUGGACAAGUCUAAUGUUUUGUGUACGAUAUUUAUAAUCCCUUACCAGCCCUGUGAAUAUGUUGUUGUCUAUUGUAUGUUGAAUGAAAAUAGAAGUAAAUAAACGACCACUGCGGAGAGCGAAUCGCUUGUGUUUUUUCGUUCAAUUACGCGUCCGAAAUACCCUGUCGGGAGUUGUGUUGCUUCCGCUGUGUACCGUGGGAAGCCUCCGUGAUAACUUCCCACAACAUCAAGCUCUAUAUGGAAUAAGGGCAAAUGUCACAAUAGAGAAUUCUCUUCGUCGGCUUCCUCUCUUUUAUAUAAAAGUGACAAGCAGAAGAUUUCUUCGCAGUUUAUCACCUCAGAAUGCAAGUUCUUUUAUUCAAAAGAGGGGAAAUCGACGGAGAGAAUUCUCUCUUGUGACAUUUUACCAGAUAGAGCUUGAUAUAUGCUAACAGGACACUGGAGGUAUUUUUUUAUUUGUUCUGCCCUGAUUCUCAGCCUUAUGAUGUUUUAUGUAGCAGUUUAAUGUGUUCGCUCAAACAAAGCUGUUUAUAUUUCUUUAACUAAAAUAAAAUUUUCAAUUAGCGCAUCAAUCAAUUCUCAGCUCACUUCCUGUUGGUCAUGCUUUUUUCGACGUCCUUCAACUUUCGGGCCAACGUGCUCGUUGGAAACAUCAAAUAUAUCCUUUUGAGUUUUCUCUUGUACAUCUUGAAUUGUAGAAUUAGAUCUUUCUGC